AUGGAAAUCCCGAGCAACAAUGAUUUGUCAGCACUACAUGUUUGUGUCAAUAAAUCAUUUAAAACUCAUCAGUUCUUUGAAGUUACGACUACAGAGUCAUUGACAUAUCAGCCAGCACUAACACGUCAUUACAAUGGACUCUGCCGCUCGGGUAUUCUUCCUGAAGGUCAGAACGAGAAAUCUUUAAAGUUAAAUCAUUUUAAGAGCCAGAUCUAUACAUGGUUGAGCUCACAAUUCAUCAUACGCAUUGCUGGACAAUCGCACAGCCGAUAG